AUGUCACGUUACCGAGGGCCUCGUUUCAAAAAAAUACGCCGUCUGGGGGCUUUACCGGGACUAACUAGUAAAAGGCCUAGAACCGGAAGCGAUCUUAGAAACCAAUCGCGCCCCGGUAAAAAAUCUCAAUAUCGUAUUCGUUUAGAAGAAAAACAAAAAUUGCGUUUUCAUUAUGGCCUUACAGAACGACAAUUACUUAAAUACGUUUGUAUCGCCAGAAAAGCCAAAGGGUCAACAGGUCAGGUUUUACUACAAUUACUUGAAAUGCGUUUGGAUAACAUCCUUUUUCGAUUGGGUAUGGCUUCGACUAUUCCUCAAGCCCGCCAAUUAGUUAACCAUAGACAUAUUUUAGUUAAUGGUCGUACAGUAGAUAUACCAAGUUAUCGCUGCAAACCCCGAGAUAUUAUUUCAGCGAGGGAUGAACAAAAAUCUAGAACUCUGAUUCAAAAUUAUCUUGAUUCAUCCACCCAUGAGGAAUUACCAAAGCAUUUGACCCUUCACACAUUACAAUAUAAAGGAUUAGUCAAUCAAAUAAUAGAUAGGAAAUGGGUCGGUUUGAAAAUAAAUGAAUUGCUUGUCGUAGAAUAUUAUUCUCGUCAGAGUUAA